CCAACUCACGAAAUCCCUAAAAAUAGAGAUAUAUAUUCGGUAUCACCAGUGCAAACCCCACGCCUCCAUUGUUUCUUCACUCGCAUUUUUGCAUCUCAAACCCUAAUUUCGGAAGCAAACAAAACCGAUCAUGGCUGAAAGAGGUGGUGACCGUGGCGGUUUCGGUAGAGGCUUUGGCCGUGGAGGCCGCGGCGGCGAUCGCGGCCGUGGACGUCGACGUGGCAGCCGUCGCAACGACGAAGAAACCGCCUGGGUCCCGGUGACAAAGCUCGGCCGUCUCGUUCGCGACGGCAAGAUCAAAACAAUCGAGCAGAUCUAUCUCCACUCUCUCCCAAUCAAAGAGUACCAGAUCAUUGAUUUGCUCAUUGGACCGUCGCUUAAAGACGAGGUGAUGAAGAUCAUGCCGGUUCAGAAACAGACCCGGGCCGGUCAGAGGACCCGGUUCAAGGCGUUUGUGGUUGUUGGUGAUGGGAAUGGACACGUUGGAUUGGGGGUUAAGUGUAGCAAAGAAGUGGCCACUGCUAUUAGGGGAGCGAUUAUUUUGGCGAAAUUGUCUGUGAUUCCGGUGAGGAGAGGGUAUUGGGGGAAUAAGAUUGGGAAACCACAUACUGUGCCCUGUAAGGUUACUGGGAAGUGUGGUUCGGUUACGGUUAGGAUGGUGCCUGCCCCUCGUGGAGCUGGAAUUGUCGCGGCCCGGGUGCCGAAGAAGGUGCUGCAGUUCGCUGGGAUUGAUGAUGUAUUUACCUCGUCUCGUGGCUCGACCAAGACUCUUGGAAACUUUGUCAAGGCUACUUUUGACUGUUUGCUGAAGACCUAUGGGUUCCUGACUCCAGAUUUCUGGACCGAGACUCGAUUCACUAAAUCUCCAUACCAAGAAUAUACUGAUCUUUUGGCCAAGCCAGUAUCUAAAAUCACCUUCACUGAGGACCCUGUUGUUGAGGCGUGAUGUCUUUUUGCUCUUUCCAAUGGUUAGAGUCUGUUUUGCUUAGAACAUCUUGAUAUUAGUUUAUUGCUUUUUCCAAAAUUUCUGGCUUCUUUUAGAAUUGUCUUAACUUUUAUAAUGUGUUGCUUAGACAACACUUUCAAAUUUUGAAUAGACUUAUCUUGAUGUUGGUUUC